CUACACUAUUUACCCAUCCAAAGCCAACGAAACCAACAUCAGCGCCAUCAGAGGCAUCAGAGGCAUCAGAGCAACCACAGUCAAUCAUAGUGAACAGAGUGCAGCGCUAGUGUUCCGAAACUAUGUUCCAAACGGACUGAAGCAGUAGCAGUAGUGCAAUAGUGCUAUCGUGCUAGGUGGUGCUAGGCACAGUGGUGCUAGGAGCGCACGGAACGAAGCAGUCGGACCGUCGAACAUUUGAGGAGUCGUCGGAGGCAGCCAGCGGCUCGAUGAACCUCUUUCUGUUACUAAUAUCUCGCCGAGCUUCUAAAGCAACAUAAAGACCCCCGUGAGUCAGUGUGCCUACUGCAAUCAUGCCAGAGACCUCCAAGUCCACCACAAUGACGGCAUCCGAAGAAAGUGACAGACAACUCGAAGAGUACGUGGCCUUCCUCAUUGAUCGAUGUCCCGGCCUGGACAUGGCAGAUGAGCUCUACACAGACCUACGUUACACAUCAAGCAUGCUGAGCUUCAACUACAUCAAUUUCAAGACCCCCUGCACCGGCACUGAUGCCCUGCGCUGUGGAAUCUUUGAAGAGCUCACCGUCUGGAAUGAAUUUCUUUCGAUUCUGUGCGUUGAGCUCAAGGAGGUGGUGCCCGGGAAGUUGGGCCUGGUCAGUCUAGCACCUUACUACAAACCACCCAUUGUAGACUUGGAGAGACACCGUGCCUGUGUGCUAAUACAUUGGCUGCUUAGCAGACAUCACUGCAUCUGUAGCGUGGAACUUUGGUCCACAGUCAUUCCGAGGGACCCAGAGCUCUUUUGUGAUGCCCUAAGGCUCUGUUCAGGACUGAAAAGUUUGAAAUUUUAUGUGUAUCAUUUUUUUGGUAGGAUGUCGGAGGACCUAAUGAAUGUGAUUGCAACUUUGGACGGAUUAGAAGAGCUUGCAUUUUUAGCUGUGACAUUGAGCACGGAGGCGCUUACUCGUUUGUCGACCUUCCUGAAGGAGACGAGAACACUCAAGUUUUUUGCCAUUGACAACCCCACAAUGGACUGUAGUGGUCUAGAAUUGCUGGAUGGUUUAAGGAGUAACACCAGCAUUACAGCGCUCUGUGUUGAUGACCAUUGUCUAAGGCUUGGAGACGGUCUCGUCUUUGGGGAGUACCUUACUCAAAACCUUACGUUGAGGUCCCUCACCAUCCGUCAAGUCUCAAAGAAGGGAACUUGCAAGAUGGAGCCUGUCUUUGCAGCCCUGGAGACCAAUAAGACCCUCGAAAAGUUGCGCCUGGAGAGCUUUGUCCUGGAUUUUGCCCAGGGGAAACAUCUUGCUGAAGCACUGAUCAAGAAUAACACGCUUCGUUACCUGGAACUUGCUGAGGCGUACUGGAGCUUUGAGGUGGCACCUUUUGCGGAGCUUAUAGAAAGAAACACGGGACUCGUAGAACUGGUGGUCACGGGUGCCAAAGUCCGAAAUAUUGCGCCGUUUGCAGCUGCCAUCAGUGUAAAUCGGACACUGCAGAAACUAGUCCUGAAUUUGUCAUGCAAGACAGUUGAUGACUCAAAGGCACUUCUGUCGGCACUCGCGAGGAACUGCUCACUUAGUGAGCUUGUCUUGGGAGACAUCAAGGAUGACAUUGUGAAGGACUUUUAUGCUCUCCUUAGGGAGACCGGUACCGAAGACAGAAUAAGGUUCCGUGCUAAGAUUCGUGAUCCCCCAUUGCUUGUAAUUGCCUUGAAGGACUGUUCAAGACUUUCUCGAAUCUGUUACAGACCUAAUGAAGUUGUUCAACCGUGCGUCCUUCAGCAAGCAUUUGGGCAGCUGGCAGCGUGCCGUCAUGUCGUUGAGCUCACUAUAUUUUUGGAGCAAGAGAUUGACGAUGCCUCUGCCUUGUUGCUAGCACGAUUCCUAGCAUCGACGAAGACCCUUAAGGAGGUAUUUCUGCGUUUUGGAACAGAGGCGUCAUCCACACGUAUCCUUCUGGAAGGGCUCUCCUGCAACAAAAGCAUCUCGAAACUAUCUCUGAUGUACUGGUCUUUCGACAGGCUAGAGUCUGAGCUGGCCCUGGCAUUGCAAAACAUUACGACCCUUAACUAUCUCUCGCUCUACUCCAUGGACACACUGUUUGUGUAUUCGAUAGUGAGGGAUUUAGCUCGCUGCCUCAAGAAGCACUACUCGUUGAUCGUUGUCGACAUCAAUGUCAACGGGAAGUCAAAGGAGCACGAGUUCGGGAUCAGGGAACCCUUGCGGCGGAACCUUUCCUUGCUCCAACAGGCGGCGCAGUUUGCCACUGGAACCCGCAACAAACGUUCAGCCGACAUGUUCGAGCGGUUGUUUCGGAGCGAGGCGCUGGUGUGGAAAGUGCAGCAGCUUAGCCGUAACACAGAAGCUGAAGCCAGGAAGAUGAUCAAGAACAGUAUCAGGUACCUCGACGUCAACUUUAUGGCCGCAACCGGUGUGGUAAAGGAGGCAGUGGUGUGCUUCGGAACGGGCGAUGGCAAGAUGCAGUUGGACCAGAUUGGUUUAGACAACUGGCUGCGCAUCCGAUCGUACCUCCGAGUAAGUGACAUCCGCGACGAAGGUCUGUCUGUGUGCUCCAAGAGCCCUUGACCAGCGUCACUGGCGGUCAUGGGCAUGGCGGGACCUGUUCUUAGUGUAAUGACCUACGGGGCUGGUCGCCGUCCUAGGCCUGAAAAAACGGUGUUUGUUGGUGUUUGCAUCUUUGCAGACCUUGUGUGAAUCUAUUGCCCGAUGUAUUAGUUACUUCGAAGAGCUGACAUUUUUUUGUGAUUGCUGUUAGUGGGUAGUGACUAUUUCAACGUCCACUUUCAAAAUAAUCCUAAAUAUUAUUUUGAUGUCCGUGACGCUACUUCCUAAAGACGUGAAAAUAUCCUCAAAUUCAUUUUGACAUCCCCCGUCAAAAUAUUUUUCUCUUUAUUUUGACAUCUCGGACUCGAGUUCGGACUAGAUAGUGAUAGAAAGUGGAGGUCAAACAAAUAAUUUUCUUGCAUGCGGCGGCGCGGUUAAACACGCAUUUUCAGAAAGCAAAUGUGCAAAGGACCGCAGUUUUUAUAGCCUUUUAGGAAAUGUGGAAUGCAAAAAAAAAAAAAAAAAAAAGUUACAUCAGAUAGCAGGCCGCACGUAUCGUUGGCUGAUUUUGCCCAACAUUACAGAAUGCGACACCGUUGCUUUUUAUGAUUUAUUUCACGUGUUUUAUAUAGACAAAAGAGCGGAAUGUCGUAUCAUGAAAUUUACACUUGAUUGGAAAAUGCGUGUAUCUUGUAUAACCGUGUCGCAACGGUCAAGAAACAUCAAGGAGGCAAUUUGUGCAUUCACGACCUUUUGUUUAACAUUCCGAUCGUUUCGUAGCUAACCCGCUAGCUUCUUGGUUCGUUAUACACGAACCAAGAAGAAAAUCUAGACUAAACAAGGAACACGGUUAAGAACUAGGCGGGAGUCCUAUGGCAAAACGAGAACCGCAACCGUACAGACGCGUUCGCAGACUAUGGAGGCACAAAAAGCGUGCCAAAUUUCUCAGUGGUACGUAUAGUGUACGCACUUACAUUUGUUACGUACAGGCAAUAUACAGGGAUAUCCAGCUCGCCAUUGUUGUCAUUUCAAGUGAAACGCGUGCCAAAAUGACGUGCGAGCUCAGAACAUUGCCACCGAGCGUGUCACGUCCGAACGGUUGAACUGUCGAGCCAUGUUGUCCCACACACUCUGAAGAUAUUUCCACCGUUUCCACCGCUAACUGGGACCGGAUUAGGCACGCAACACAUGACUCCGUCAACGCAUCAACACAACACCGACAUCACCAUCGGAGACUAAACAGAACGAAACCAGAAACGGCUGCUCCCACUGCGACGGCUGCAUUGACGGGAGACGUCGAAAUAAUAAAGCCACUGUUUUGACGUUUUCAUGGAAGCGAUGUCACGGACGUCGAAAUGAUUUUGAAAUAUUUUGACGGUGGACGUCGAGAUAGUCACUGCUGUUAAGGCGCUCGCUGAUGGCGAUGACGUUCUCCGUGCAGAAUGUGAAUUUUAUUUUAAAUUCGUAAGAAUGCAUUUACAAAGAAAAGGAAGCAGGCACAAAUAGGUUACCGUAUGAGCUAACGCGUAUAAUACGCUAAAUUUAAUGAGCAAACAUUAUUUCCUAAUUAUUUCUACAAACUGUUUGCGAAGCCAGUUUUGAUGUGAAGAUAUUUUUCUUUUGUAUGAGGGUGUUUUCAUAUCAAUUCAGGCACGGUUUUGGGGCCUAAUUUCUAAUUUGACAAAACAAAAUGUAUGUUAUAGGAGCAUUCUUGUGAAAUGAAAGAAAGCACAAACGGCAAGCUUGGUGGGUUUUUUUGUUUUCAAGUUGUUUGACCAUUGAAGGCUUCGAGGCGAAAACCGACGUUUCUCUCACCCGUUUCUCAAGAUAUUGCACUAGGAUCCUUCUGUGACUCUUUCGAAAUACGUUUUGUUAUACUUGAAUUUAAGAAGAAAAAAAAUCUUAUUUUGUAAUCAUUUUUUUUUAUCAAACUGCGUUCCUUUGGUGAUUUUUUGUCAAAGUUUGGAAAGUUGUUACGUGUGACAUAUUUAAGAUAUUUUAAUGAUCUUAACAUCACCAGAAAGCUCAAAUUUAGCCCUUUUUAUUAAAUACAAUUACAAUUUUGUGUGUACAAACUAAGGUCUGUUACAUAUGUUUGAAUGAACGAAUCUUUCAAAAAUUAGCAAAAUCGGGAUCGAGUUUCUCAAGCACCUCACUUUUUGUUUGCUUCAUUCUUUGUUAGCAGCAAGGUAUAUGACAGUCGUUUAUCAGAAAAUAAAAGCUUAUGUAUUUUGUUUAUGUGACCGCAAUUUGCAGAGUAAAGUAACUUACUCCACACUACGCACAAUUUCACUUGUUUGCGUGUAAAGUAACGUAUUAAUAUUACAUAAUUCAUUAUAUUUAUGCCAAAAUGUUGGCCAGAAUAGCCAGUAUGCGAGGACGCAGUUACAGCGAACAACUGGCAAGAUUCAAGCUGUGGUCACACAGACAAAAUACUAUACUUCGUUUAUAUUUUCUGAUAAACCACAAUCAUACAUUGAUAUUUAAAAAAAAUGAAGCAAAUAAGAAUGGUUUUUGAGAAAAUUGAUUUCGAUUUUGAAAUUUCGAACCCUAUGUCAUUCAAAUCUAUGUUACAAUUUUUAUUUUAUAUAUAUAACGUUGAAUUUGAAUUCAAUAAAACGAGCUACAUUUUACCUUCCUUGUGGUGUCAAGGUCCUCAUCACAUAUUCAAAAGGUCACACGUAAGAACUUGCCAAACGUUUGUCAGAAAUCAUCAGAGGAACAUAGUUCGACAUUUUUUUACAAAUUUAUUAGAAAAUGUACGAUUUUUUUUUAAUUCAUUAAGUCUAAUGAAACUUAUUUCGAGAGUGUCACAAAAAGAGUCCGAGUGCAGUAGUUUGAGAAAUGACGAAAUAGCAAGCGGUCAAACAUGCGUUCACCGACAACCGGGAGAAACGUCAGUUUUCUCUAGCCCUUAGGCCGCUUGAAUCUUCCAUAAGUUGAAAGCAAACAAUCCGCCAAACUUGUUGUUUGCACUCUCCUUUAUUUUAACAAUGCUCCCAAAACGUACAUUAUUUAUUUACUGAUUUAUUUUUUUAUUACAUAUUCGACCCCAAAAAUGUGCCUGAAUUGAAAUGAAAGCACCCAGAAAGUUUUGAUCGUUUAAGCGUGGAAAUGAUGUACGUGGGCAAAAAAAUAAGAAAAAAAAGGCCUAUUUCUGUGUCCUGUUGUGGAGAGGCGAAACAAGUGGCUCCCUCUUCGGGACGUGACGAGUGGCGGCCUUCUACACCCCAGUUCUGACCGAAGGAAACCGCCGCCUCGUGAGCUUCGUUCGUCGUCGUAGAGUCCUCUCGAGGAAAGAUGCCUAGCAUCCGGUCUCGCACUGCGUUGCGAAAACUCGAGGAGAUGUUUGAAGCAAACGCUUCUGUUGCCCGAUCGGACGUGCACCAACAGCGCCAAUAAACAAAAAAAAAAAAAAAAAACAAGAAAAAAAAAGAAAAAAAGGGCGGCGAUUGACUGCACUGACGGUAAAACGAGACUCCGGUGCCAAGUCCGCGGGUCGGCUACGGAUGAUAAGUGCUAAUGAGAAGAGUGCUAGAGUGGUGACUUAUUUGUGCGAGUCGUUUUUUAUUUUCACGCUUGAGCUAUAUUCACUUAACCAACUUUUUGGUGGAUGAAAUGAUGGCGCAGUGUAACAGUGUCACUGUUUGCUCGUUGAUCACGUCGUAUCGUCAAUUCUACAACCAACCUGUUUCUACUGUUGUAAUUCUUUGAAAUUAACAUUUCAUUUUUUUCUCCCUUUUGAAUAAAAAAAAAAACGUUCCAGACGUUA